AUGUGCUACUCGGUUGUGCGUCCUAGGGAGUACGUGCAUUCCCAGUACGUUCGGGCCGUUGCAAACAUAUACAACAGGGAAUGGGCUCUGGAAUACCCAACGAAUUCUCGCAGAAUCAUGCUGGACUCCUCAUUUGCGUAUCAAAAAUUAAAGACGAGGGAAACAUAUGCUGGUCUGCUGAAGAAGUGGUCCACCCCUCUCCAGAAGAUUGUGUCAGCUGAUAUAUCUGUGGUCUAUGUUCCAGUUGUGGACAACGGACAUUGGUGGUGUGUUGCUUUUGCACUGAAAGACCAGAAGAUAUGGUUCAUUGACAGCAUGUAUACUAAUCCUGCUUCCGAGCAUUCUGGGGAUGUUAAAAAAUUGAUAGCAGCUGUGGAGUACGUUCUACAUUGGAGGGACACGCAGUAUAAUGCAGCUCUUGUUUGGAAGUUGAAGCAAAUGCAUACUUGGCCCUUGGACUCCAUUAGCUUCCCUGACUACAACGACAAUCAUGCGUGUGGAAUAGUAAUGCUUAUGGCUAUCCAGGAAAGUGCAAGGGCAUUUACAAAGACGAUGCAAGUGGGGGACAUCAAUGUAGCUCGGAGGGCACUGUUUUUGUCUCACUUGAAUUCAGAUUUCAACUCCUGCCGCCCGCUUCUUCCCCAAAUCGUUGCAACCCACUGCCCAGUUCGUUGAUGUUUGGUCGUGCUUCUUCUGCUAACGUUUAGGGUUUUUAACAGAGAAAACAAUUGCACACUUAUCUGGUCAAAUUUUGAAAUGUGAUUAACGCGUGAACUAAAUCAUAGUUGUUGUCUUUUGAUACUCACAUUAUUUCUAGGAGAUGGGAUUCAUUGCUUGCAGGUAUGUUUUGCAAGUUUUGUGGUAUGCUUUGUAUCGUGCAUUAAAGAUUUACAAUACGAGUUUGGUACGUGUUGUGAUACCUAAUAGGUUGUUUGGUACCGUUAUUAGAAAAGUUUGGGUACAAUCUACGAGUUUGGUACAGCGCCUGAGCUUUG